CCUGUUCUUGACUUGGACACCAACUUUCAAGUCGCUUCAGUAAAACUGUUUUUACCUUGGGUAUCAAGUAUGGCCGGCUCCAAUGAAUCAAACCUCCCGAUCACAUCACCUUCCUGGCUACGACAUGAGAAGGGUUCCAUCGAGGGACUGGUCUAUAUAUCCUAGUUUCUACCUCCCAUGCCCUCGAUCUCGGAGCUCGACCUAGUUGACUUGCGCGGCAGAGUAGCUAUUGUGACUGGUGGAAACACUGGCAUUGGCUAUGCUACCAUCCAGAUGCUGGGGCGCAAGGGCGCUAAGGUCUAUAUGGCUGCACGGGACCAAGAAAGAGCAGAAACAGCCAUACAACAACUCGAGGCUGAAGGGAUCUCGGAUGGGAGUGUGCAUUGGCUCAAACUCAACCUUUCGGACGUGCGUACAGUGCGAGACGCUACAGAAAGCUUCCGUAAGAAAGAGGAGCGUCUGGAUAUCCUGGUCAAUAACGCAGCGAAGGCAUUGCCUGGACCAUUUCUUGUAAACACCGACGGGCUUCUAGACAUCAUGGCUAUCAAUCAUAUCGGGCCCUUUGCUUUGACCCAAGGUCUCCUUCCACUCAUGAUUGAGACGGCCAAAAGCCCCAACUCCGACGUUCGGAUAGUCAAUUUGACCUCGAUGUUGCACACCUCUGCGAAACCGUCGACAUUUGCGACAAAGGACGCCUUGAAUGAGAACUACGGAGACUCGUUUUUGGGAUCUAUCGGUACAUAUGGUACGGCAAAUCCAUCCAUAAUUGCCGGUCCGUACAGUGCCAACAAUGACAUCUCUUAG